UCACACAGCCAGCAGCAGUAGGAUCCUCUGGCAGCUGGCCGUCAGCAGCAGCAGGGAGUGUUUCUGCGUUUCUCUCGCUUCCUGCUUCCUUCAUCAUCAACAACAGUCUGUUGUGAAAUCUACAAGACGGACUAUCCAUCGAUAGUGCUGACCACAGGACAGACAGACAGACAGAUAGACACUCGGGACCUGCUGGAUCCAGACGGCAGCUCUUCGUUUUGGUGUCCAGGGAUCCAGGACACGGAGCUCCGGACCCGCUGGUUCCUCCUGAGUCUCGGUUCCUGUGCACCGAGCAGCAUGGGUGGCGGCUCGGUCUGCAGAUAGAAACACUGACUGCCUCUGACUGGCACCAGUUAUGGGACUCCAAUGGACUUGGUUCCCUCGGGCACACUGCCAGGACAGCAGAUCCCCUGGUUCGGACCAGGAGAGGAAGAAGCGCUGGGCUGAGCUGUUUGAUCAGCUGGACAUCAACAAAGAUGGACACAUCGACAUCCUCGAGCUGCGGACAGGGCUGGCGGGCAAAGGGCUUUCCAGACGCUCCCUGGAGAAGUUCGUGGAGGCCGGGGACACCAACCAGGAUGGAGUGCUGGACUUUGAAGAGUUCACGCAGUAUCUCAGCACCCAUGAAAAAGAGCUCAAGCUCAUGUUUCGAAGCCUGGACAGGAACAAUGACGGUCGGAUAGAUGCAGCAGAGAUCCAGCACUCUCUACACACCAUUGGUGUGGACGUUAGCCUCGAGGACGCCACCAGGAUUCUGCUAAGUAUGGACAAAGACGGUUCCUUGACCAUUAACUGGAAUGAGUGGCGAGACUACUUCCUGUUUAAGCCUCUCACUAACAUGGAGGACGUAGCGCGCUACUGGAAACGUUCAAUGAUGUUGGAUAUAGGUGAGCAGCUGACAAUCCCAGAUGAGUUUUCUGAUGAGGAGAAGAAGUCUGGCUACGUGUGGCGGCAGCUGAUGGCUGGAGCUCUCGCUGGAGGUGUGUCUCGGACUGCGACUGCCCCCUUGGACCGCCUCAAGGUCUUCCGACAGGUUCAUGGUUUCGAAGAUUUUAAAGGGACUGUGCUGAGCAGUAUUAAGUUCAUGCUGAAAGAAGGAGGAAUGCGGUCACUGUGGAGGGGCAAUGGAAUGAAUGUGCUUAAAAUUGCUCCAGAAACUGCUAUCAAGUUCACAGCUUAUGAACAGAUCAAGAAUGUGAUGCGUAGCAGCCAUGAAACAAGAAAUCUAAGGGUUCAUGAGAGGUUUGUUGCUGGUUCUUUGGCUGGAGCUAUAGCUCAGACAGCCAUCUACCCAUUGGAGGUGCUGAAGACCCGGCUAACAAUAAGAAAAACAGGCCAAUACUCAGGAAUAGCAGACUGUGCCAAACAGAUCCUACAAAAAGAAGGUGUCACAGCCUUCUACAAGGGCUAUGUACCCAACCUGCUGAGCAUUGUCCCUUACGCCGGCAUCGACCUGGCUGUCUACGAGACUCUGAAGUUUUCCUGGCUGAACAGGAACAGAGGUUUAGCUGACCCGGGGGUCACGGUGCUGGUCGGCUGUGGUGCCGUUUCCAGCACCUGUGGACAGCUGGCAAGUUACCCGCUGGCACUGAUCCGCACUCGAAUGCAAGCACAAGCUCUAGUGAAGGGAGCCCCGAAACCCUCCAUGUUGGCCUUGCUUCACAACAUCGUGACCCAGGAGGGUGUGGCCGGACUUUAUCGAGGAAUUUCCCCCAACUUGCUGAAAGUCAUCCCCGCGGUCAGCGUCUCCUACGUCGUCUAUGAAUACACAAGGAUAGUCCUGGGAGUGGACAUUGAGGGUAGGAGGGGUGGGAAAGGCAAGGGGUAGAAAAAAAGGUUUGAUGGUUUGGGGUGGCAUUCAACUGCAAGCACGUACAGAUCUGUUGGCAAUGCAUGAAGAAAUGGGCCUUGACUGUGGACGAAUGGUCCUGUGAUCACAAGUCAGGAGAUUUCAGGAUGAGGAUGAUAUAGGAAGGAAAAUAGACCACGGCAGGACAAGACAAAAACAGCAGACUAUAUGUAAUCUGUUGUGAAAGCCUCACAUUUGGAGGACCUCACCUGAACUGGCAGCUGCUGUGAUGAGUUUCCUGUGUGAUGUAUUGCAUUGCAGUGCAUGCCAACAGUUGUGUGAAAGCUAAUCCACUAGCCUCCUGCUACUGCAUUGACUUGGACAGAUGAAGACUUGCAUGAACUUGCCUGAGCACGAACAGGUAAAAGUUCUAUGUUACAUUCCUACAGCAUUAUUUUUUCCUCCUAGGUGGUCUAUAGAGAAGAUACAGGAUUGAUAGGAGGACUGAUGCAACUUCCUGUUCUGUAAGUGAGGGGAACCGGAAGUCGCUGCACAUCGGUGGAUGUCUUAAACAAGUGUUACAAAUACUAAAGUACGGAGAUAAUUGGAAAACAACAACAAACAACAAACAAUUAUUAAACUUAAAGGGGAACUAUGCCCAUUUUCAAAAUUCAUACAUGUUAUUCCUAUGGUCUAAGACAGUCCAAAAAAUAUAAGUAAACAUGAACAACUCUCUCCCAAAUCCAAAAACUAGAGUGCUAAAACUCAAACUUGUGAUGUCAUAGGGUAUAAAGUGUGGAGCUGCUCCAUAAACAAUGAAUUGGAAGAGAUGUUAUAGAUGUUUUGGUUAUAUGGGAAUAUUUUCUCUUUCAGAACUGACAACACUACAUUAUAAUAAAGCUCAUUUGGGUACGAAGUAGAAAACAAACAUUCUGUGGGUCCACAAAAUCAGCCGAGCAGCUCCAGACUUUAUACCCGAUGACAUCACAAGUUUGAGUUUUAGCACUCUAGUUUGAGAGUUGUUCAUGUUUACUAAUAUUCUUGGACUGUCUUAGACCAUAGGAAUAACAUGUAUGAAUUUUAAAAAUGGGUUGUAGUUCCCCUUUAACUUUUGAAUGACGAUUGAAACGGAGGAUAGUGAAACAACAGACACUGUCAAUCUCCUCUUUCCUGGAUGGAUUACUACUGAGUAAAGCACACCAAAAGACUUUAUAUUUUACAGGAGUGGAACUGCCAAAGCCAUAUCAAGAAGCGUUAGAGGAUUCACGAUAACCUCUCAUGCUCACGUUUUUUAAGUGUUCCUAUGUUUGAAACACUACAGGGUCCAGUGCCACACAGUAUUUUCACAAACUGUAUGUGCACAAUAUGCAGCUUUCACACUGGUAAAGAGUUUGCUUUGUCUGUAUCAUGAAACUAGAAGAAAUGAGAUUUACUGCCAAUGAACAUAUUUGAUGCGUUAGUAUUUAUUAUGGAAGGUGCAAAUAAAUGCAUGCAUGGUGCUGAUUUUAUUGAAUAAAUGCCAUUGAGCUUUAUUUUAAAGGUCUGUAAUUUCCAAAUAAUUUCCUAGAAGUGUCAAAUAAAUAAAUGUUGAUUGAGUUGUUUAA